CUUUCAGCGUCACGCGACACGCGGCUUCCACCUGCCGUCCACAGGCGGAAAGCAACAGAAGAACAUCCGAGCACACACGCACAUCACCGCAGCCUUCACUUCCAUACAGCCGACAGUCUACCUCGUCAGCCUGCCCACCGCCGCCCCUGACCGGCGGCGGAACAAACCGGACCAGACCAUCCGCGACAAGGCGCGCCGAGGCGGGACAGCCGGUCGGUUUGGGGGGGUGGGGUGGGAGGGCGGAGUAUCAGCCGCCCAAAGCCGCUUAGAAGCGGACCGAGCAGCGAACGCCACAGGAAGCACCGCUACUACCAGGAAGAAUGGAUGGCUUCAACGCGGCUGUUGACCGGCUACCAGCUUCGGUUCGAGCGUAGCAGGAAGACACCGCGCGUCGAGCAGACCUCUGCGAAGGAAUGUUCACCCUCACCGAAGUCGCCUCCCUGAACGACAUCCAGCCGACUUACCGCAUCUUGAAACCAUGGUGGGACGUCUUCAUGGACUACCUGGGCAUCGUCAUGCUCAUGCUCGCUAUCUUCGCCGGGACCAUGCAGCUGACGCGGGACCAGGUGGUCUGCCUGCCCGACUUGGACUCGUCCCUGGACGAGGUGCCGCCGCUGCCGACGGAGGUGCCUGGCAGGACGUGGAGUAAGGAGAGCGCCGUGGGGGAGCAAGCGGCACCGCUGAUGGUGGCCCCGGAGCAAACGCCGACGCAGCAGCCGGCCCCCACCGGGAUCCGGACCAAGCUGGACUUCCAGCAGUACGUCUUUGUCAACCAGAUGUGCUACCACGUCGCCCUUCCGUGGUACUCGAAAUACUUUCCCUACCUGGCGUUGAUCCACACGCUCAUCCUGAUGGUGAGCAGCAACUUCUGGUUCAAGUAUCCCCGCACCAGCUCCAAGAUCGAGCACUUUGUCUCCAUCCUGGGCAAGUGUUUCGAGUCUCCCUGGACCACCAAGGCGCUGUCCGAGACGGCGUGCGAGGACUCGGAAGAGAACAAGCAGCGCCUGGCGGGGGCUUCCUCCCAUCCCAAGCACUUUUCCACCAGCAGCGAGGAGGGCAGCCCCAACCAGUCGGCACCCAUGCUGACCAAAAGCGGCGUCACCUUUUCCGCCGAGAAGCUGGUGAGCGAGGCGCCCUCCAUGACCAUCCUGGACAAGAAGGACGGCGAGCAGGCCAAGGCGCUCUUCGAGAAGGUCCGCAAGUUCCGCGCCCACGUGGAAGACAGCGACCUGAUCUACCGGCUGUACGCCCUGCAGACGCUCAUCAAGACGGUCAAGUUCAUCGUCAUCCUGUGCUACACCAUGACCUUCGUGGCCUCCAUCGACUUCCACCACUUGUGCGAGCCCGAGAUCAAACACCUGACGGGAUACAGGAAGUUCCACUGCACGCACAACAUGGCGUUCAUGCUGAAGAAGCUGCUGGUGAGCUACAUCGCGCUCAUUUGCGUCUACGGCGUCAUCUGCAUCUACACGCUCUUCUGGCUCUUCCGCCGUCCCCUCAAGGAGUACUCGUUCGAGAAAGUCCGCGAGGAGAGCAGCUUCAGCGACAUCCCCGACGUGAAGAACGACUUUGCCUUCCUGCUGCAUAUGGUCGACCAGUACGACCAGCUCUACUCCAAGCGCUUUGGCGUCUUCCUGUCGGAAGUCAGCGAGAACAAACUGCGGGAGAUCAGCCUGAACCACGAGUGGACCUUCGAGAAGCUCCGGCAGCACGUGACCCGCAACGUUCAGGAGAAACUGGAAUUGCACCUCUUCAUGCUGUCGGGGGUGCCCGACGCCGUGUUUGACCUCACCGACUUGGAGAUCCUCAAGCUGGAGCUCAUCCCCGAGGCCAGGAUCACGGCCAAGAUCUCCCAGAUGAUCAACCUGCAGGAGCUCCAUUUCUACCACUGUCCCGCCAAGGUGGAGCAGACGGCCUUUAUCUUCCUGAGGGAUCACCUGCGAUGCCUUCACGUCAAGUUCACGGACGUGGCGGAGAUCCCCAGCUGGCUGUACUUGUUGAAGAACUUGCAAGAGCUCUACCUGGUGGGCAACCUGAACUCGGAGAACAACAAGAUGAUCGGACUCGAGUCUCUGAGAGACCUGCGACACCUGAAGGUCCUGCAGCUGAAGAGCAACCUCACCAAGGUCCCCACCAACAUCACGGAUCUGUCGCCCCACCUCGUCAAGUUGGUGGUGCACAACGACGGCACCAAGCUCCUGGUGCUCAACAGCCUGAAGAAGAUGAUGAACCUGUCCGAGCUGGAGCUGCACAACUGCGAGCUGGAGCGAAUCCCGCACGCCAUCUUCAGCCUCACCAACCUUCAGGAGCUGGACCUCAAAUCCAACCACAUCCGGACCAUCGAGGAGGUCAUCAGCUUCCAGCACCUGAAGCGGCUGACGUGCCUCAAGCUCUGGCACAACAAGAUCAUCUCCAUCCCGCUGUCCAUCAGCCACGUCAAAAACCUCGAAUGGCUCUACCUGUCGCACAACAAGCUCGAGUGUCUACCCAGCUCGCUCUUCACCCUGCUCAAGCUGCGGCACCUGGACGUGAGCCACAACUCUAUCGCCGCCGUACCCCCGGAGGUGGGCUUCCUGCAGAACCUCCAGUACUUUGCCAUCACGGGCAACAAGUUGGAAGUGGUUCCCAAGCAGCUCUUCAAGUGCACCAAACUGCGGACGCUGUGCCUCGGCCACAACUGCGUCGCCGCCCUGCCGGAUCGGGUCGGCCAACUGGCGCAGCUCAGCCACCUGGAGCUCAAGAGCAACUGCCUGGACCGUCUCCCGGCCCAGCUGGGUCAGUGCCCCCUGCUGCGCCGGGGAUGCCUGGUCGUGGAAGACCACCUCUUUGACUCACUGCCCAUGGAGGUCAAGGAGAGUAUCAACCAGGACUCUGCCGGCGCUUUCGCUAACGGCUGCAGGUGUUUGACGGACGGGCGGUAGCACGUCAUGGCACUUUUUUUGUUUUUUUUUUCGUAUGGCGCAUCUUACAGGCCGAGUCGGGCUCUUCUGGUACCCAUUUCACAUCGAGAUGGUGCCAGCUAGCGCUGGUCUAGCACCAAAGGGGAACAUUUUUCAAUCAGAGGUGCUGUCGGGUAUUUGAGGCUCCAAGUAAAAAAAAUAAAAUCUGAUUGAUUGAAAGUCGUACAUUCAAGGGGGGCACCUCUGCUCCCGGCCAGUGAGCGCAUUCCUCAGCCCUAAUGUUUAACCGCCAUUUUUACUCCAAGACGCUGGUCACUUUGUAAAGCAGAAACCUCACCGGAGUCGCGUGCUGUCACAGUCGCAGCCUUGGUGUGAAAGGGAUAUGAGGACGUUUCAAAAGGAAAAGUAUUUCAGCAUAGGGAGAAGUAUCUGAUGGGAAGCCUUGAGUGUGUUAGAGCACCAUUUUUUUUUUUCAUGCCUCGUUUUCACACCGAGCCGGGGCUGGAAUGGAGCCUGAGAGGACGUUAGUGUAGAUUCUUAGCUCGUCGCAACUGAUCCAGAGAGAAGUUUUUUUUUUUUGUCUUAAAUUGGCAGCAGUGACCAGGCGUGCCUGCGGUGGUCCCACAUUGGGUAUCACCAGAGGAAGCACGAGCGGCGCCACCUUGAGUGCUGUCGCGGGCACUGCCUGGCAUGCAUCACCGUUAGUACAACUUGUACACCGUUAGUACAACUUGUACUAACGGUGACGCAGGCGGUCGUGCCGCCGGGCAUUUAGGACUUUCCGGAGAAAACAAAGAAACACUUUGGGUGCCACCUUUUCCGUUCUGCAAACAGGAAUAGACCAUUUUUCGAGGACCCGUCAGUUAUGGGUGGUGCCCUCUGCUGGUUACCACAGGUCACUUUCAACGGCUGGAUUAUGUCGCUGCCAGCUCAGCUCAGUGAAAAAGGGGAAUGAGCACAAUUGCAAAGCGAAUGUUAAAGCACUGGAAAAAAUUUACGUAAACUACUAGGACACCCCCCCCCAUGUUAUAUUUGUCCUCAUGUUUAUGUAUGUAGCAACUUAGCAUUAGCGACACAAAUGGAGCUUAGGGGGCGUCAAGAUCACCAAAGUCUGCGGAGAGCAAGUUCUGCCACGUUUGUAGUCACGUGGCGGACAUAUAAGUUGAAAAUUUGUUUAGUCGGUGUUAAAGCUUGUUUUGUUUUUUCGCCAAGAUCUCAGCAAAGCAAGAAUUUUUCAAGAAUGUUCCGUGUUACCUGUCGCACCUCGUUUCAUUGCUGUUGGCACUUGUGUUGCCUCGUUUGAAGCACAAAUACUGUACUGACAUUUGCGAAACGCACCCGCGCCACCAAACACAACUGCAACAUUAGAGACACAUGCUAAUAUUGGAUUUAUUUGCGCUGAAUAUUCCUAUUUCACUAUAAUAUUUCAACCAAAUUAUUUAUUUUGUCAAGUUGAGUCUCCCAAAAAUUAUGCCGUUUCUUUCUGAAUGUGACAAAAGACUCAGUGUUACUACUGACUGAAAAAUUGUAAUUUUUUUCCCAUGGGAAAAAAAAUUACAAUUUUUGACAUUUUCCUUCAAAGAAUAUUGCGACUACUCUCGUUUCAUUUUCACUUCAGAAAAAUAGCGACUUUAUUUUUCUAAUGUUUUGACUUUGCUCAACUAAAUAUUUUUUUUUCUUGUAGCGUUAUGACUUCAUUCUCAAAAAAAUGUUUUGGUAACAUUAACCUAGUUAUCAUCAAAUGACUGACUCCCCCAUGCCCUAGAACAAGGCAAUUAUUACUUUAAUACCAGAGAAAACCCAAAACAUUUUAUUCUUUGAACAUUAUUAGCUUUUCAAUAAUAAAAGAUGGCGUACUGCUUAACUUAAUAUUAAGAAGACAAUUAUAUUCUGGUAAAAUAAAUUUAAAAUGAUUCCCCCUCUCCCGUCUCUUAAUAUUCAAACUUUAUUUAGCCCUGUAAACUGAACUCUUCCUCAUAAAAGUGAUUACAUUUUUGGAGGGUAAUAUUAGAAUUUUAUUCUUGUUACUGCGAAGGGGAAGAAGUAUGUAUUUUGAUUGCUAGUAUUGCACUUUUCUCUCGCCAGAGUCUAUUCUUGAUGUAGCGACAUGAGUGGGUCCAAAUAUUGUAAACACUGGAGACUUCGAGGGUAAUACCAGACAUAUCGUUUUUUUUUGUUUUGUUAAGUUCAACAAAAGUCAACAUUGGAGGUCUUGGCUUGUUCUGGAGUACCUAUUGUUAUGGCUUGUAUGUUUGUGUGUGUCUAUAGUGCUUUCGAUACACACACAUACACUGUACACUUUGAACGAAUAUUCACUGUGUGUCAAGAGCACGAAAUCAUAAAGACCAAAAGUGAGGGAAUAUAAGAUAAAUGUGUGUGUGUGUGUGUGUGUGUGUGCACGCACGCGUGUGUUAUGGGAAGAGGUGAAAAGGUUUGUUUGUGUAAGCUUACACAUUCCACUGUACUCUGUGGUCAAACAUUGACGAGAGAGACCAAACAUCCAAAAUCCAUAUGAGGAUACAACACGGACCACAUUUUUUUUUGUUAGUCUUAUUUUUAUUUUUAUGAGAUGUUUUACUCUGAAAAAACAUCCUCUGAGUGUGCUAUUGAAAUAAAAAUUGUUCAGCCUGUUUUUAAAAAAAGCUGAAAAAGAA